AAUCUUCCCUGACAAGCUGUGCCUCCCGCCUGCCCGCACACGCCGCAGCACAGGCCCAUUAUUGGUCGCUUCCCCCCCACCCCCCCCCAUGUAGGCCGACUUGGUGGAUCCGCCCGGAAGUGCCGCCAUUUUGGAUCCUCUGCGCACAGGGAGAGUGAGAGCGGAGCGUGACCCGGGGGACGGCGAGCGGGAAACGGGAGCUGAGGGCGGCUCUCCCCCCACCCGGUGCAAGUAACUAUCAGGGUCACCUGAUCUUCAGGACUCUGAUCAGUUUCUUGGAAAUCAAGAAAACGCUAAUGGGGGAUAAUUAGAAAGACCAUGGCAUCAUUUAAACUUGAUUUCCUGCCUGAGAUGAUGGUGGAUCAUUGCUCUCUGAAUUCCAGUCCUGUUUCCAAGAAAAUGAAUGGCACAAUGGACCACCCCGACCAUCCGGAUCCAGACUCCAUCAAGAUGUUUGUGGGUCAGGUUCCUCGAAGCUGGUCAGAGAAAGAGCUAAGGGAACUCUUCGAGCAGUAUGGAGCUGUCUAUGAGAUUAAUGUUCUCCGAGACAGAAGCCAGAAUCCUCCCCAGAGCAAAGGAUGCUGUUUUAUUACUUUCUACACAAGAAAAGCUGCGUUAGAAGCACAGAAUGCUCUGCACAACAUGAAAGUUCUCCCUGGGAUGCAUCAUCCAAUACAGAUGAAGCCAGCGGACAGUGAAAAAAAUAAUGGUGGGUUAAACACAGUGCUGUAUCCAGAGCAUCCUGCGUCUGUUGAAGACAGAAAGCUCUUUGUUGGGAUGGUUUCCAAGAAGUGUAAUGAGAAUGAUAUCCGGGCCAUGUUCUCUCAGUUUGGGCAGAUAGAGGAAAGUCGCAUCCUCCGAGGCCCUGAUGGAAUGAGCAGAGGUUGUGCAUUUGUUACAUUUACAACCAGAUCCAUGGCACAGAUGGCUAUCAAAGCCAUGCACCAAGCACAAACUAUGGAGGGCUGUUCCUCCCCAAUAGUGGUUAAGUUUGCAGACACUCAGAAAGACAAAGAACAGAAGCGAAUGACACAGCAACUUCAGCAGCAAAUGCAGCAACUGAAUGCAGCCUCAAUGUGGGGAAACCUUGCUGGACUGAGCAGCUUGGCACCCCAGUAUUUAGCACUUUAUUUGCAGCUCCUCCAGCAGACCGCAUCCUCUGGAAACCUCAACUCCCUAAGUGGCCUCCACCCUAUGGGAGGUGAGUACGCCACUGGAAUGACAUCAGGACUUAAUGCCAUGCAGUUACAGAACUUGGCAGCUUUGGCAGCUGCUGCUAGCGCUGCCCAGAAUACCCCAAGUGCAGGCUCAGCACUCACUACUUCCAGCAGUCCCCUCAGCAUCCUAACCAGUUCCGGCUCCUCCCCCAGCUCAAAUAACAACUCAGCUGUCAACCCCAUGGCAUCCCUAGGAGCUCUGCAGACAUUGGCAGGGGCCACAGCUGGUCUCAAUGUCGGUUCGCUUGCAGGUAUGGCUGCGUUAAAUGGAGGCCUUGGCAGCAGCCUCUCCAAUGGCACUGGCAGUACGAUGGAAGCCCUUAGUCAAGCUUACUCUGGGAUUCAGCAGUAUGCUGCCGCUGCACUCCCUUCACUCUACAACCAGAGCCUUUUGUCACAACAGGGUUUGGGGGCUGCUGGGAGUCAGAAAGAAGGCCCUGAAGGAGCCAACCUUUUUAUAUACCACCUACCCCAGGAGUUCGGGGACCAGGACCUCCUGCAGAUGUUCAUGCCAUUUGGAAAUGUUGUGUCCGCCAAAGUUUUCAUCGACAAACAAACGAACCUCAGCAAAUGUUUUGGUUUCGUAAGCUAUGACAAUCCCGUUUCUGCUCAGGCUGCUAUCCAGUCCAUGAACGGCUUUCAGAUUGGAAUGAAACGCCUGAAAGUCCAACUUAAACGCUCCAAGAAUGACAGCAAACCGUACUGAAACAUACUGCCCUGGGAAGUGAGCGAGAAGGAUGUUCUGAUCCCUUCCUGCCAUUUGUCCAUCAUUGUGCCUCUAAAGCAUGUCGGUGUGGCGUUCAAGUACAUCGUCCAAAUCCUUGUUUCUUCAGCUUCUCUGAUGCUUGAACUUUCACCUCUGAAUUUUGUGCUGACCUUUUGAUGCUAAUAUGUAUUUUUUUUUUUGUUUUUUUAAUGAUGUGUAUUUUUUUUUUUUUUUCUUUCUUUAUGUUCCUUAUGUGUGUGUUGCCAAAUUGGUUUUGCUACAAAGACUACGAAGAGGGACGCAAUAUUUAAACCUGCAUUUGAUUAUUAAAAGGAAAACAAAAAAAAAAAAGAUAUAAAUCUAUUUUUCUAGAAAUUCAUAGUAAACCACUUAAUUUUGGGACGCUACUUUGUACCUAUCUUUUGAGCAGGCCUAGAUGGCACACCAUGUUUAAUAUCUGUGUCUGUGUCACUAUCUACGAAAUGAAGUCUGUCUCCUUCUCCUUCUGCUGCGGUCGGGGGGGAACUUUGUUUUUAUUAAGCUGUGUAAUAUUUAUCUCUUUAUAAAAGAGAGUCACAUUUUGCUGCCCCGAUUUCAAGAAGAAACAUGGAGAUGCUCCCCCCCACCCCCGUACCCCAAAAUUGGCCUCAUGUCUGGAUUCUUGUGUUAACGCUCGGGGUAAAGUCAAACUUUGCCAGAGCGCUGCCUAUAUACAGUUCAUCUCCCCAGCAAAAUGUGACGCGUCUGUCCUCUCAUUUACGACUUAAUAUUGUGCCAAACGAAAGAAAAGUGAUCUCUGCCUGGUCCUGUGCAUGUCUUUGUUUGUUCAUCAUAACGUCUGCCCCUCUCAGGUAGUUGCUGAGAGCAUCGAUUUACAUGUUUUAGAGGUAAAUGUGCAAAGCAAGGGGGUGUCAACAUCAUUAUUUUUUUUUUUUUAAAGCUUUGUUUAGCUGUGUCCUUUUUUAAUUUGUAACGUUUUUUUUUUGUGAAUUGAUAUGCUGUAUAAGGCAUUCAGGCUGUGUGUUUGGACUGUGCUUUGCAAUUCAAGUCCUCCGCCAAGUUCUUUCCAUUCUAUUAAGCUGAGCCCAAUCAGUAAGGCGUUUAAACUGUUAAUUGAUUAGAUCGUUUUGUUGUGCAGAACAGUGCAAUUGAAAGCUGGUUUAUUCUGGCCUCCUUAAUGAACAAGUAUGGGGAGGAAUCGGUCAUUUAAUCUAUUAUCCCUCUUACCUAGUAACCAGGAGACGGGGGAGAUAGGAACAUAUUAUCAUUAUAUAAGGGCAAUGUCACAUGGCAACUUUUUUUGUUUCCCUACUCUAGAAAAUAUGGAGAGGUUUGUUGAUUGCUUCCACAAUAAUCAGUGGGACUAACUUGCAUUGAUGUCCAACUUGCAGAGAUGUCCUAUUACAGCUGGCAUAAACCAAGCUCUUCGUAUUUUGGGGUGGGGGGUAAAAAUGAAACCAUAAUGCACUUGUUGUUCUUCACUUGAAAUGAGAACAUUUUUUAAUACAAGCCACUGGCUAAUGUGAUAUUGCCCUUUAACACAGCAGCAUCUCCUGUUUGUCACCACGGCCACCAAGGUAAUGGUGGACAGUCUGCUAGACUUCUUGGCUGGGCUCUUGGGCUUAUGGGACAUUCAGCAUAAGAAGCAGAGAAGGGACUUUUCAAGAGCACAUCAGUUUCCAAGGUCAUGGCAAGAAUAUCUGAAACGGAGGGUCUAUAAAUUGGUGGCUAAUGAGAAAUCUGUAGAUAGAAUAGAAAUCCCGCUGGGCACGUACAUUUCUAAGAACCACUAAAACCUUUCAUGUAACUUGAACAAACUGAGCCGUCAAAUUCAUUUCAUUUUCAUUACUCUUCCCAAGGCAAUCGGGGAGGCGUAAGGCAUAAACCAUUUGGCCACCAGAGGGUGGGCUUGCAUAAAAUGGUGGUUGUCUCUGAGUAAAUCUAGUAUACAGUUGGUUAGGGCAUGGUCACCAAUAAGUGAUAGAUGAUACAAGGAUGAACUCCAGGCCUUAUGAGCUAACAGGGUACCACACCACGUGUGGCUAUAAUUUUUGUACUGACGGUCUGAAUGCCAGAGCACAGUCUUAACACAGCGCCACCUGUGGCUGACAGCAAUAUAUGAGCCUUCACAGGGGGACGAUUCCCUUCUCUUCCUCACAAACCCACAUCUCACUAGAGAAGCUUGUGCAGAAACCUCUCUGGAUAUAAACACAAAAAAAAUCAAACAAAAAUGCCAAAUGGCUUUCUUCUGACUACUUUUUAAACAACAAAAAAAAGAGACCUUUUUGUUUUUGUGGUGAUUUUAAUGCAUUGCCAUGUUGUUACCUCCGCCUUCCUGUUCUCUGCCUGCUUUUUGUGAAUAAUUCUAUAAAAGAAAAAAAGAAAAAAAACUUUUGAAGACAAACCUGUGGGCUUUUAUAUUGGUACAAACUGAUUGUAGUUAACACUAGGGUUUUGUACAGUUUUUUGCCUUUUUCUACUAGAAAACAUGUAAAGUGAUUUAUUUCACAAUGUGAAGUUAAAAAAACAAAAAAAAAAAAGAUUUAAAAAAUGCCACUAUAUGACCAAGUCGUCCUUCUGUGCUGCCGUAACAGGACUUCUAACAUCCCCCUCCCCUCCCCCACGCUUUCCCUUCCCCCAUCAUGGAUUUUUUUCCUCAUUUUCCCCCCCUCUUUGUUUGUUACAAUUUGCAAGGCAAAAUUAAGUUGUUUUUUUCCCCCCUGUGUGAUAUUGUGUUGUAAUUUGUAGAAAAUUUGAAUUUUCUUUAAUGGUUUAUGAGGAGAAAAAAAAAAGGUAACCACUACGGCAUAGCUUAUUGCUGAGUUUGUGGAUUAAAAAAAGAAUUCUGUUUAAGUUUGAAACCAGCGUGUCUGUGUUAAAUGAUUAACUUUUUUGUAACCUUUUUCUUUCCUCUGUCCCUCCGGUACUUACCGAUGUUUUAAUUGUGCGCACACACAUACACACGUACAUACACACACACACACGUACAUACACACGUACUGACUAGAAGUCAUUUUGUAAACAGUGUGGUACCUUCCUUUGUUUGUUUGCUAUUAAACUGUUUGAGAAGA